AUGAUGUCGCAGCACUUGUCCAGCAUGUUCGAGCAGCUUGGGAACUUUACAAAGAAUAAUCUAACGCAAAACAGCAAGCUGAAAGAGAAGGAGAAUAAGUCUAGUUCUAAUCACGUGGCGUGUGCUGGAGGUGGUGGUGGAAACCAGCAGCCAUCUCCUUCCCACAAGCAUGGACCUGCACAGCCGCCGCCGCCUUUGAAGAAGCCGUGCAAAUUGAGGAAUGUCGCCUCCAAAGCUGAAUCGUAUGACACUCUAUACGGCAUCAGUAACUUGGUAUAG